ACGAUGACAAGUCGACAGCCAUCUCCCUCCAUUUCACGACCCUUUCCUCCGAUCUGUGCCGACAGCGACCGCUAUCCUCCCCUACUCAUUUCCCCCGUUGAAUAACCCAACAGAAAAAGAGAGGAAGAAGACAGAUGACUCGCCUCCCCCCGCUUUUCGCUCUUGCGUCUCCACUUUUCUUUAUUCCUUCUCGUGUUUCUAGCUCUCUCUCUUUCUUCUUUUCUUUUUCUCCCCCGUUUCGGCUCCCGGGUUGGUGAGCUGCAUCCCAGCUGCCCCGUGUUGACUUGCCCCUCGAUCAUGGCUCGCUCGUCGUGUCCUUUGAUACCCUAGAGAGUUUUUAAAAAAUUGUUGGUUACCUUCCUCUCUUUUUGGGUUCUGGGUUUUCUUUUUUGAACUCGACCCGGGUUUGGAUUUUGAGUUCUUGGUUUUUCUUGAACUUGACUCAAGUUUGGAUCUUGAGUUCUGGGUUUUCCUCGGAAUUCUAAGAAGGAACCGCCAUCGAGACGUUGGGGGUGAGCCAGUUUUUGUCCAGAGCUCGGCAGAGGAAAGGGAAAAACAAAAAGAGCAAGAACAGAGGGCACGGACAGUGGAGACUAUGAAGUGCUUUCCAUUUACAAUUUGGGACAAAAAUGGAGAAUCAAAAACAAUGAAAUCUGUGUCUGUCCGCUCUACCUCCACUUCCAUGUCCGCAGACCGUGAUAUGAGGACAUCUUGGUCCGAACUCACGUCUCAGAAUGCGUCUGAUUUUAGCACAGCAUCAUCUGCUGCUGCGACGAACCCAUUUGCAGUAUUGUCUCAACGGCAGAGUAAUUUGAGAGAAUUCACCUUUGAAGAGUUGAAAGCAGCCACGAAGAAUUUCAGCCGUUCCGUCAUGAUUGGAGAAGGUGGAUUCGGGGGUGUUUUUCGGGGUAUAAUGAGGAGUGAGGACGAUCCACAUAAGAAGAUUGAUAUUGCUGUCAAACAGUUAAGCAGAAGAGGACUGCAGGGUCAUAAAGAAUGGAUUACAGAAGUAAAUGUUUUGGGCGUUGUUGAGCAUCCAAAUCUGGUGAAAUUACUAGGCUAUUGUGCUGAAGAUGAUGAGAGAGGCAUUCAGCGUCUACUGGUGUACGAAUACAUGCCGAACCGCAGUGUGCAAGAUCACUUGUCAAGCAGGUUUCAGACGUCUCUUUCGUGGAUUAUGCGAAUAAAGAUCGCCCAGGAUUCUGCACGAGGGCUAACCUACCUCCAUGAAGGAAUGGAUCUCCAGAUCAUUUUUAGAGAUUUCAAGUCAUCAAACAUUCUUUUGGACGACCAGUGGAAUGCCAAGCUAUCAGAUUUUGGAUUAGCGAGGCUAGGGCCUUCCAGUGGAGAAAGUCAUGUCUCAACCUUGGUGGUAGGAACAAUCGGUUAUGCUGCUCCUGAGUACAUCCAAACUGGACACCUUACAACUAAAAGUGAUGUCUGGAGCUAUGGAAUUUUUCUUUAUGAGCUCAUCACGGGUCGCCGCCCUUUGGAGCGGAACCGGCCAAAGAAUGAGCAGAAGCUUCUGGAAUGGGUCAAGCCGAAUCUAUCUGAUAUAAAGAAGUUCCAAACCAUCCUGGAUCCACGGCUCGAAGGCAAGUACUCUCUCAAGUCCGCUCAAAGGCUAGCCUCUGUGGCUAACCGGUGCCUCGUACGGCAUCCUAAGGGACGGCCCAAGAUGAGCGAAGUCUUAGCGAUGGUGAACCGAAUUGUGGAAGCAAUGGAAACUGGAAGUCCUAAAGCCCCAUUGAGAAGCGUAGCAAAAAACGAUGAGUUGGAAAAAUCGAGAAAAGAGCGAUUUAAGAGGAGGUUUGUGGACCCGAUAACUGGAGAGACGGGGUGGUUGGUUUGUUGGACAUGGAGACCGAAGCUCGUGAAGACGUGCUGAAAUGAGGAGGCGAAUCAAAGGUAUUCGGCUUCUUGUUCGGUUACUUAGGAUGAGGUAAUUAACUGUUGUAAGGUUUUCUCCACAACCUUUGGUUCUUUUUCAGGUUCUACACAACAUGUAUAUUGUCCAGUUUUGUGUGCAUUUUACGCAAGUAUUGCAAAUGUAGGUAUGUUAACACAGCUGAGUGAAUGCAACCUUUGGGUUUAUACAACUGCAAGUAUUCGACUAUUGUUAAACAACUAAAUCUAAACCAGCAUGGUGAGUUUUUGAGCUUGAAAGGACUGAUGCCCUUUAAGACUCAGACGAACUGAUGACCUGGAGCUGUCAUGUUUUGCUUGUUCAA